UCCCCCGCCCCACCUCGCCUUCUUCACGUGUCCUCCCACCCCUCCGACCCCUCGCCCUCGCCCUCUUUCCGCCGCUCUCACGGAAAUCUCGCGAUUUGUUUCCGCGCGAGGUGGACUGGACAGGACAGAUCUCCGCCGCCCCGCCGCCCUCAAGCUUCCGCCACCGAGCUCUGCUCGUUGGGAUUGGAGUUUCCCCCCUUCCUCUCGUUGCUGAGGAGUGUUUGCCAUCUGUGCGUUCUUGCGGCGCUGAUUCAUCCGGCCGGGCGGCGGCGCAAGGUGGCGGUGUGGGGUUUGGGCGGAGAAUUGCUCGCCGUGGGCUAGCGGAUUUUCAUGCUCUUCUGGAAAGAAGCCGGCUUUCGCAGUCACGCCGCCGCCGCCGCUCGCCGGUGAUGGGGGCCCGCUGCGGCCUGCUCGGCUUCCUGCUCGUCGCCGCCGUCCUGCUCCGCGUCCGCGGCGCCCACGCCCUGAACCAGACGUGCGAUGCUGACCUGGAGGCGCUCCGGGCCUUCUCCGACGGCCUGGAGGGGAAGGAUGCCAGCGCCGGGCUGGUCGGGUGGGGCGCCGGCGACGGCGGGUCGUGCUGCUCCUGGACGGGCGUCUCCUGCGACCUCGGGAGGGUGGUUGGGCUGGAUCUCUCCAACCGCAGCCUCCGCGGCGUCAUCUCCCCCUCCGUCGCCUCCCUCGGCCGCCUCGCCGCGCUGAACCUCUCCCGGAACUCGUUCCGCGGCCAGGCGCCGGCGGGGCUCGGUCUGCUCCCCGGGCUGCGGGUGCUCGACCUCAGCGCCAACGCCCUCUCCGGCACGUUCCCGCCAAGCGGCGGCGCCGCCGGCGGGUUCCCGGCGAUUGAGGUGGUGAACGUCUCCUUCAACGAGUUCGCGGGGCCGCACCCUGCGUUCCCCGGCGCGGCGAACCUGACGGUGCUCGACAUCUCCGGCAACCGCUUCUCCGGCAGCAUCAACACCACUGCGCUCUGCGGCGCCGCGCAGAACCUGACGGUCCUGCGGUUCUCGGGGAACGCACUCUCUGGCGACGUCCCGGCUGGCUUCAGCCGGUGCGAGGCGCUCUCCGAGCUCUCUCUCGACGGCAAUGGCCUCGCGGGGAGCCUCCCGGGUGACCUGUACACGAUGCCUGAACUGCAGAGGCUAAGCUUACAGGACAACAACCUCUCCGGUGACCUCGACAACCUCGGUAACCUGUCGCAGCUUGUGCAGAUUGACUUGUCAUAUAACAAAUUCACCGGCUUCAUCCCUGAUGUGUUUGGGAGGUUGAGGAAGCUGGAGUCCUUAAACUUGGCAACCAAUGGCUUCAAUGGCACAUUGCCUGGUUCACUGUCAAGCUGUCCGAUGCUGACAGUGGUCAGCAUAAGGAACAAUUCGCUCUCCGGUGAGAUCACACUCAACUUCACCUUGCUGCCAAGGCUGAACACUUUCGAUGCUGGGUCAAAUAGGCUGAGUGGUAAUAUACCUCCGGGCCUCGCCCGGUGCACCGAGCUGAAGACGCUGAACCUUGCUAAGAACAAGCUUGAUGGGGAGAUACCGGAGAGCUUCAAGAAUUUGAGCUCACUGUUGUACCUGUCGCUGACAGGCAACGGCUUCACGAACCUGUCAUCGGCACUGCAAGUCUUGCAGGACCUGCCCAAACUGACCAGCUUGGUGCUCACCAACAAUUUCCAUGGGGGGGAGAUGAUGCCGAUGGAUGGCAUCAAAGGCUUCAAGAGCAUGGAGGUGCUUGUCCUGGCGAACUGCGCGCUCACCGGCACAAUCCCCCCUUGGCUGCAGACCCUUGAGAACCUCAGUGUGCUGGACAUUUCGUGGAACAAGCUGCAUGGUAACAUCCCCCCAUGGCUGGGCAGCCUGAACAAUCUCUUCUACAUUGAUCUGUCAAACAAUUCGUUCACCGGGGAACUCCCUGAGAGCUUUACACGGAUGAAGGGUCUGAUUUCAAGUAAUGGCUCGAGUGAGCGGGCGUCGACAGAGUACAUCCCCUUAUUUAUCAAGAAGAAUUCAACAGGCAAGGGUUUGCAGUACAACCAAGCCAGCAGCUUCCCGGCAUCACUGUCCCUCUCCAACAACUUGCUUGCUGGGCCGGUAUUGCCGGGAUUUGGUCAUCUUGUGAAGCUUCAUGUACUGGACCUCAGCUGGAACAACUUCUCGGGGCGAAUUCCCGAUGAGUUGUCAGACAUGUCGAGCUUGGAAAAGUUGAAGUUGGCUCACAAUGAUCUCAGUGGGAGCAUACCGUCAUCUCUGACAAAGCUCAAUUUCCUCUCCGACUUUGAUGUGUCAUACAAUAAUUUGACUGGAGAUAUCCCAACCGGGGGCCAGUUUUUGACAUUCGCGAAUGAAGGCUUUCUGGGCAAUCCUGCGCUCUGCCUCCUUCGGAAUGCCUCCUGCUCCGAGAAGGCUCGAGUUGUGGAAGCAGCACACCGUAAGAAGAGCAAAGCCAGCCUUGCUGCAGUUGGAGUAGGAACUGCAGUCGGGGUUAUCUUUGUCUUGUGGAUUACUUAUGUGAUUUUGGCAAGGGUUGUCCGUUCAAGAAUGCACGAGUGCAAUCCAAAGGCGGUUGCUAAUGCUGAAGACUCCUCCUCAGGGUCUGCUAACUCAAGCUUGGUGCUGCUAUUCCAGAACAAUAAAGAUCUCAGCAUCGAGGACAUCUUGAAGUCCACGAACCACUUUGAUCAAGCAUACAUAGUUGGAUGUGGUGGUUUUGGCCUCGUCUACAAAUCAACGCUGCCGGAUGGGCGGAGGGUUGCGAUCAAGCGCCUUUCAGGCGACUACUCUCAGAUCGAGAGGGAGUUUCAGGCCGAGGUGGAGACACUUUCAAGGGCCCAGCAUGAGAACCUUGUGUUGCUGCAGGGGUACUGCAAGAUCGGCAACGACAGGCUGCUGAUCUACUCAUACAUGGAGAAUGGCAGCUUGGAUUACUGGCUUCACGAGAGGACGGAUAGCGGUGCACUGCUGGAUUGGCAGAAGCGGCUGCGGAUAGCACAGGGUUCGGCAAGGGGGUUGGCAUACCUGCACAUGUCAUGUGAGCCACACAUACUGCACCGAGACAUCAAGUCAAGCAACAUCCUCCUGGAUGAGAACUUUGAAGCUCACCUGGCAGAUUUCGGACUGGCGAGGCUUGUCUGCGCGUACGACACCCACGUCACCACGGAUGUCGUUGGGACCCUGGGCUACAUUCCUCCAGAGUAUGCCCAGUCGCCCAUCGCGACUUACAAGGGCGACAUCUACAGCUUCGGCAUCGUGCUGCUGGAGCUGCUCACCGGCCGGAGGCCUGUGGACAUGUGCAGGCCCAAGGGGAGCAGGGACGUCGUGUCGUGGGUGCUUCAGAUGAGGAAAGAGGACAGGGAGACUGAGGUUUUUCACCCGAAUGUGCAUGACAAGGCGAAUGAAGGCGAGCUGCUGAGGGUGCUUGAGAUUGCGUGCCUCUGCGUAACCGCUGCCCCCAAGUCAAGGCCGAUGUCGCAGCAGCUUGUCACCUGGCUCGACGACAUUGCGGAAAACCGUAGCUUAAUAAUCCAGUGAUGCAUCACUUCAGAUAUAUAGUUCUGGUUUUGCUUGAGCAGAGCAUCAGUUUGGUAGCGCCGUGAAAUGGUUAUUAGUGGUGUACAUAAUAGUAGUAUUUACAUAGCGAGAAAUACUGAGAAGUUUCUUUGUUUGCUAUAUAAUAUGCCCGCUUAAGUUUGGGCCUGGGCUUCCUCUUUUUCAUAAAGGUGAUCACCAGAAUGUCACACAAAAGCUUUGUAGUUCUAAACCAUCCGGAUAAUAAUCAAGCGUUUUUAUCUGAA